UCUUGUCGCACGUAUGCUGCACCUAUCUGAGUCAACACAUACACGUGUAUCUCAGUAUCAUAGUCACUUUUAAUAUACCUUUAUAUCGGUGGAAUUUGAACCUGACAUUCGCUACUCUGGCUCCCCUACACGUAACCAUGUCGGAUUCGGAGAUGAACGGCGAACCCAUCAAAGACGCUAUCUCUCUUGAUGGGGAAGUUUGUCUCGGAUGCACCUCUCCGAUCCAAGAUAGAUACCUACUGAAAGUAGGAACACGAUCGUGGCACGUGCGUUGUUUGCGAUGCUGUAUCUGCCAGACCGGUCUUGGAGGACAACAGUCAUGUUUUACGAAGGACGAUAAUAUAUACUGUAAAAUGGAUUACAUAAGACAAUUUGGAACGAAGUGUUCCCGGUGUAUGAGGAAUAUCCAGUCGAAUGAUUGGGUGAGGAAAGCAAAGAACCACGUGUACCACUUAGCGUGCUUUGCGUGUGACAACUGUAAACGACAACUAUCGACGGGAGAGGAAUUCGCCAUGCAAGAAAAUAAAGUACUUUGCAAGACACAUUAUUUAGAAUUAUUAGAGAAUUCGUCCGACUGCAGUGAAACAAAAGAAGGUAUGUUGCAAAAUGGCCACAGUCGACACAAUCCGAGAACUAAACGAGUUCGGACAACAUUCACAGAGGAGCAGCUACAAGUUCUUCAAGCCAACUUCAAUGUCGACAGUAACCCGGAUGGACAGGACUUGGAGAGAAUAGCGCAAAUCACGGGUCUCAGCAAACGAGUCACACAGGUCUGGUUUCAAAAUUCAAGAGCAAGACAGAAAAAGCACACUACCAGUAAAACUUCUCCAUGCCCUUCUGACAACAACAACAAGCCUGGUUUAGACUCACCACCGAGUAUAAUGACGCCGACCAAACACCAUUCGUCUCACACUUGUCACAAAUGCGGACUCAUGUAUUGUAUGUGUAUGGAAGUAACACCGCCCCCUAACGGCACGUGUGCAUCAUAG